UGACGUUGAAAGCCUCGCCCCUUUUUUCCUCUUCUCCAGCUAAACAGCUAUUGACCCAGGAGGUGAUAGUCGCUGCUGACCGUUGAGACUGCGCUUGAGUCUCGUCUCCUCGUCGCUUCCCCUUUCUCGGGGGGCUGUUGCAGGGACUCGGCCAGCCCGGUUCCAGAAGCCUUUGGUUUCAUUAGUGCUGGUUUGGAGAAGCUUAAUCCUGUCUUGAGGUUCCCCCAGAAAACUUUGAAUAAGGUUAACAGAGAUGUCCAAUGAUCCUCCCCCUCCCUAUCCUGGGGACCCCUCAGCACCCCUCUUGGAGGAGAAGACUGGAGGCCCACCUGGUGCAGGCAGAGCCUCACCAGCUAUGGUACAACCCCCUGGCAUUCCCGUACCUCCACCAGACAUUGGGCCUCCUCCCUAUGAGCCACCACUUCAUCCAGGCCCUCAGCCAGGCUUCAUUCCUUCCCACUUGAAUACAGAUGGUACUUAUGUGCCCCCAGGCUUUUAUCCACCUCCUGGCCCCCAUCCUCCCAUGGGCUACUACCCCGCAGGUCCUUAUCCAGGCCCUGGGGGCCACACAGCCACUGUCCUUGUUCCCUCGGGGGCUGCUACCACAGUGACUGUGCUGCAGGGAGAAAUCUUCGAGGGUGCCCCUGUGCAGACCGUGUGUCCUCACUGCCAGCAAUCUAUCACUACCAAGAUCUCCUACGAGAUUGGCUUGAUGAACUUUGUCCUAGGCUUCUUCUGCUGCUUCAUGGGAUGUGACCUGGGCUGCUGCUUGAUCCCCUGCCUGAUUGAUGACUUCAAAGAUGUGACACACAGCUGUCCCAACUGCAAAGCCUACAUCUACACGUACAAGCGCCUGUGCUAACGGAGACCACCCGGGAGCUGGAACCCGGGAUUACCAUCUCUCCUUUUUGCUUGUCAGUCCUAUACCCUGUGCUUUGUUUUCCUGCUCGGCAGUAGCUUCUCCCUUUUUCCUCCUUAGGUUGGAAGCAGGGAACUCCUGUCCUCUGUGGUCUGUCCAGCCCAGGGAUAUUUGUAUCUCUUCUGAUUUAGGGUUUGGCAGAUUGAAAGUUUAAUGUCAGUGGGGUGGGGGGUGGGAAGUGACAAGCAUGUUAUUUUGGAUAUUGAUAUUUUGCUUAGUUUAUGUAAUGAGGAUUUCAAGAGUGAACUAACCAUCCCCUAAUAGAGGACUCCCCACUGAAAGUUUCCAGAUCUCACCAUUGUUAUUAGGUAUUGAUUCUUUCACAUUUGCUUUCUUGGGAAUCAGAGAAAACCUGCAUCCUGGAACAGUAGUUUGUUUCAUGGGGCCUCUGGGAUGGAAAUUCCUCUUCCUACUAACCUAUCUAUCCAUUUGCCUUCUACAGUGAUAAUAACCUUCUAUUAUCAGUCAGUUUGCCCUGAUGCUAUUGCAUGUCUGUUCUGAUACUUUUCCACACAACAGAAUAGCGCAAGGUGGAGUUCACGACUGCAACUAGCCAGACAUGGAAUGUUGAGCGUGGUGAUAUUAAAGGGUAAAAGAAAGCUCUUGCUUAAGGAGUAGAGAAACUGGGGAAAAGGUGGUCAUUAAUAGCCACUGAAAACACACAAGAAAAAAAGUGGGUUUAAAAGCCCAUCCUUUGUUUCUAAUUAUACCAGAGAGCUCUAAGUUCCUAAAAAAUAGACUAAGCAGCUAGGAUUAUGCAAAUUCUGGUAGGAGCUACAUGCAUCAUAAAGGACAGGACUUCUAUAUAAUAGAAAAAGAGUUGAAAUCAGUGGCACUAGAAAUUCUCAGGUAUCACAACUUAAAACAUGUAGACGUUCUGCCAGGACUAAGUGCUGAUUAGUAAAGAGAGUGAGCAGUGAGACUUAGACCUUGGAGAGCUUUGCACAAGCAUGACAUCAUUUUGGUUCAAGGUUGGGUGCCAAUUUAGAAAAUGUAACAAGCAAAAUUGAUUAUGUCCCAACUUUUAACAGAUACUACUAGCUCAUCUCCAUACCCUCCACUUUGCACAAGCUCAACAUUGUACCGAUGGAGCCCGGCUAAACCCCCAGUUGCAUUGGAGGACUCGGCUUGUUCCUUUUGGACCUUUUUCUUUAUUAUAUUGGAAUUCAGCAUUUCAGCCUUUUUUCUGUGUCUCAGUUGCAUGCCUAUGGUGGAAGGAGAGACUGGGAAGAAGCCAGAAAGGUCACUACUAUCUGAACUAUACACUAUGCUCCCUUCCUAGACAUGAAAGUUUGUAGACUGGCCACUAGAUGGCGCAUGCACGACAGGCUGUGUGUGAAUUACUUGGCAAAGAUUUUAUUUCUUUUAAACCAUGUUGGGGAACACUAUUUUUGCACUAAACCUUUUAUUGUUCAUUGUGUUUGAAGCUUCAGUUGGAGAAAAAUCGUGUUAUUUGAUUUAGGUAGAGAAUGAAGAGGUGACAAUGGGUAAUGAGGCAGAGCUGAUGGCUAAUUGAGCCCUGUUAUUGAAUGUAAGACUUGGGAGCUGUGUCAUAAAGCAUCACUGCUGCUACUGUAACCCUUAUCUGGUUUUUUGCAAUUCAAAUGCAUGUCAUCCUAUUUAAUGUGAAUCUGUUUGUUCUCAAGUCUUACUUUAUCACUUAUAUUAAAUUGGCUCAUCUGCCCACCUU